AUGAUACCGAAUCAUAUAAUCAAACGACAUGCUGAGCAGCAAAAUAAUUUAAAUAUCAUUAUAGGUGUUUUGGGACUUUGUGCUAUUGUUCUUUCCAGUCCAUAUGAUAUUCCAAUUUAUAUACCAGAUGUAUUGAUGUCACUUUGUCAACACUCACAUGAUCCUGAUUUAAUACAAGUAUGUUUAACUACUGAUAUGUUUUUGACAUUAGUUUUUCUUAUUUCAAUUUCAUUGACAAUAAGUUGGCCAAUAAAAAAACCAAAAUUAACUUUAAAUUCAAAUGAUACAUGUUGUAUAUUAGCUAAAUUAAAUAUAAAUGCAACACGAGCAAAUCAUGGACGAAAAUUUUUUUCAAAUAUUAUAUUAAAUAAUGAUUCUUAUAAAGAUAUUAAUGAAGAUAAUGUUUGUUCAUUGAUGCAUUUUUUUAUGCAAGAAGCUGUACUUAAUGGACGACCAAUUAAAUUUUCUAAAGGAAUGUUUGUUCUAUAUGAUUCAACAAAUGAAUUUUUCACACGUUUUAUGGUAGCAAAAGAUAAUCAAAAACAUGGUAGUGAAGAACAUCGAUCAGGAAUAUUUAAACGUUUAAAAUCAUUUGCAACGAAUUCACUUAAAUCAUUAUUUAAAUUACAAAAACUUAAUCAAACUAUUUCCGAUACAUUUAUUUAUGUUCGUGGUGAUGAAUCAUCACAUUUUCGUGAACGUGCUCUAUCAAAAUUACAACGAAAAAAAGAUUAUCCAGCUUAUGGAAUGGAUGUUAAACAUGGUUGUAUGCCAAAUGGUUUUGGUCAUAUUUUAUUUGGAAAAUUAAAAGGUUUAUAUAAUAAUGAAUCUGAUCCAUAUUAUGGUGAUAGAAUUUAUAUUAAACCAGAAGAAUUUGGUCUUCAAAAAUUUAAACAUUAUAUUGGACAUUCGGGUAAAUAUAUUCAAAGUGUAUCACGUCGUGUAUUAUGUAAAAUUUCGAAAUUUCAAAAAUCUCCAAUAUGUACAAAAGAUGAAGCAUUUCGUGAAAAUAUCGAUAUGAAAUUAACAAAAAAAUGGAAUCAAAUUCUAUCAACAAUUCCAAUAUUAACUGAAGAUGAAAGAACUUCUAUGCGUACGAAAGCAUCAAAUCAUGGUAUAUAUGGAAUAUAUCAACAAACAUCAAGAUUUUAUAAUGAUUAUAUCCAAGUCCGUGAUUUUCAAAAAGAAUUAGAAAAUAAAUAUGGUCGUGAUAUACGAUCACGGAAAGGUAAUGAAAUUAUUUUUACAACGGAACAAUUAUUAGAAAGUAGAAUAUCCUGUGAAGCAACAAUGUUGACAAGCAAUUUAACUAAUCAUUUACAAUGUCCAGCACCACAUAAAAACAUGGCGGCUAAUUUGAAAUGA